ACAAAACUAAAUCAAUCCAACAAAGCAAUAUAUCAAUGGCAACAAUAGUAGGUUACAGACCAACCCAGUAUUACAUCCCAGCUGGUUAUUAUCAUCAAAAUGGCAGCAAUACUUCUCAUGCACCAAAGAUUUUGGUCUAUAUAGUCCUCUGUUUCUUCUUCAUCGUCUUCUUUAUCAUACUCUGGUGUGCCGGUUGCUGUAUGCGUCGCCCCAACCGUUGCCACCGUAAUAUCACCUCAUCUACAUCUGUCACCACCUCUACAACCAGUAUUAACAAUAAUACUACUAGUACUAGUACAACUACUAGCAGUAGUAAUGUUGUUAUUAUUGAGAUUGAUGUGAAGAGAGUUGUUGAAUCAAUACCAGUGUUUGUGUAUUCAGAGAAGAUAAUGGAGAAGCUUGAGUGUGUGAUUUGUUUGUGUGAGUUUAAAGAUGGACAGCAAGGAAGGAGACUUCCAAAGUGCAACCAUAAGUUUCACUUGAGUUGCAUUGAUAAGUGGUUGUUCUCUCAUUCUACCUGUCCUAUUUGCCGCACUAAUCCUGCUGCUGCUUCAUCUUCUUCAGUGCCACCUGUUUAAUCUUCAAUUAUAUAUAUAUAUAUAUAUAUAUAAUAUGGUUGGAAAGUGGGAAUGGUGCGCUGCUUAGCGUCAGCGGCUUUUUAUUGUUUGCAUGCAUGUGAUGGUAAUUAUGAAGUGAUUGAUUUUUUUUUUUUUUUAAUGAGUAUCAUCAAGUGAUAUUAAUUUGAUGUAAAAAUCAGAAAAAGAAGUA